AUGAACGAAGCGGGUCAACGGAAUCACAUCGUUCCGGUUACAGUCCACAUUCGCAUUCCUCAAUUGGUUGUGGAAUUAGAAGCAACAUUUGAUAAGCAAAAAUAUUUGAGUGUACAAGAUCGGAUGGAUUUAGCACAACGGAUGGGUCUUUCAGAUACACAAGUUAAAACAUGGUAUCAAAAUCGACGAACAAAAUGGAAAAGGCAAGCAGCUGUUGGGAUGGAUUUAUUGAAUGAAGCAUCAAAUGUUGCCGCAAUUCAGCAACUAUUGCGCACCAAUCCUUAUUGGGCUAACUAUAUGGCUGCUAAUGCGCUAAAUCAUCCAAGACUUUUCCCAUUACAACCUACACCUCUUCCACUUGGCCUAUCAACUGCAACACAUAAUAGCCUAUCACCUUCCACAUCAUUUGUACCACUUACUGUACCAGCAACACCAUCAUCACCAAUAGCACCUACAUCAUCAGCAACAAAUACGGUAAUUACCGGAUCACCAAUUACAUCUUUACCAUUAGCAAUGUUCCCAUUUCAAGUACCUACUUCAAGUUUUACCGUAAAUCUUGUCCAAAGUCCACCAAUACCAGUAACAGUAUCAGUGGAAAGAACAAAAGUAGAAUCAAUCAAAUCAACAACACCUCUAAGUAAUAAUGAAGUAAAAUCACCUGAACCAAAAUAA